GCAAAUUCGAGUCGGCCCAUCAAAACAAUAAAAUUCUCACAAAAUUUCUCUUGUUUUUGUCGUGAAAAAUGGCAAAUAUCCAAGAUAUUGAAUCCGUGGAUGACUUUUGGGGCCCAACAUUUCGCCAAAUACUCGAAUCCAACACGUCGUUCGAGAAAGUUAACGAACUUUUGGAGAAUCGGAUCAAAUCUCACGACAAGGACAUUGAAAAAAUCUGCAACUUGUACUAUCAGGGCUUCAUCGAGAGCACGAAGGAACUUUUGCAAGUACGAACGCAAGCUCAAGCUUUGAACGGGGAAAUCUUAAAUCUCGAUUCUGAGCUUUCGGCAGCCUCCGAUGGGAUUUUAGCGAAAGGCAAUGACUUGAUAAAAGCGAGAAAAGUUGAAGCAAGCAUCGCCAAUACGAUUGAAGGACUGUCGGAUUGCAUUCCCGUGUUGGAAUGUUACACGAAAUUAUUGAAGCAAGUCAACGAGAAGCGAUAUUAUCCCGCUUUGAAGACUUUGGAAGUGCUCGAGAACGAACAUUUGCCAAAAGUGGCUCAAUACAAGUUUGCGAUUCAGAUGAAAGAAGCUGUUCCUCUGUUGAAGGAGAAAAUAAAAAAAUCUUCUGAGACGGAUUUUCGUGAAUUUUUGGAAAAUAUCAGGAAAUUCUGUCCCCGAAUCGGCGAAGUUGCGAUGCGACACACAAAAGAGAUGCAAAAACGCGAUUUAGACACGAUAAUUCGUCAACACAAGGAAUUAAUGGAACGCGAUUACGCCAUGGAUGAGGAAGAUUUGAGUGUUCACGAUUUAAUUGAUUUUUCGCCAAUUUAUCGAUGUCUCCAUAUUUACACCGUACUGAACGACAAGGAAUAUUUCGAGAAAGAUUAUCGUCAACAACGCAAAGAUCAGGCAAAAUUAGUGCUUCAAGCGCCGCCCGCGAUGCAUGACAACUUGGAAGCUUAUAAAACCUACAUUUAUUCAAUUGUUGGAUUUUUCAUUGUCGAAAAUCAUGUCAUGCAUACGGCGGGAGAUGUCGUUACGCGUUCCUAUUUGGAUGAUUUGUGGUCUUCGUCGCUGACGAGAGCUGUAAAUGUUUUGUCGAUGAGUUCCUCGUCAUGCACGGAUCCAAAUAUCUUGUUGAGAAUCAAGAAUUUGAUCAUGUUGAGCAUUACGACACUCAAGAAUUAUGGCUAUCCAGUGUCGCAGCUGUGGGAUUUCUUGUUGGAAAUGCGAGAUCAUUACAAUGAAGUGCUCUUACAAAAUUGGGUGAACAAAUUUCGUGAUAUUUUGGAUCAAAGUAACUUUUUGCCCAUGGAAACGCAUACGCAAGAGGAGUUUGAUGCUGUUUUAGAAAAAUUUCCUUUCCAUUCGGACUCCUUGGAAGCUGAAGAUUUCCCGAAAAAAUUCCCCUUUUCGCAAAUGGUGCCCGAAGUUUAUCAUCAAGCGAAGGAAUUCAUGUACGCUUGCAUGAAAUUCUCCGAAGAACUCACCCUAAGUCCCACGGAAAUCGCCGCUAUGGUUCGAAAAGCCGCCAAUCUCUUGCUAACUCGCAGUUUCAGCGGAUGCCUUUCCGCCGUCUUUCGAAAUCCGAGUUUGGCCUUGAUGCAAGUCAUCCAGAUCAUCAUCGACACGCAAUAUUUGGAGAAAGCGGGUCCCUUUUUGGAUGAUUUUGUGUGCAAAGUCACGGGAACGCAACAAAGCACGAAUCAAACGCCAACCGCGAUGUUCCAUGUCGCUCGUAGCGAAGCCGAACAACAAGUUGCGACGAAACUUUGCACGAAACUCGAUGAUUUUUUCCAAGAACUCGAGGGUUAUGAUUGGUUACUUGCUGAACCGAUUGGACAUGCAUCGCCUUUCAUCACAGACAUGAUUGCGUUCCUUCAACACACAUUCCAGAGCUUUUCGAACAUUUUGCCGGGCGUUGCGAGAUCCGCUUGUCGCAAAGCAUGCGAACAUAUCGCGAAUUCGACGUAUAAUUUGAUCUUGAGUGACGACGUGAAACAAAUUUCGCUUGGAGCGUUGCAACAAAUCAGCUUGGAUCUCAUGCAAUGCGAGCUGUUUGCGGCGUCAGAUCCCGUGCCGGGCAUCAAAGAGGGCGAAUUGUUGAAAUAUUUCGCGCAAGUGAGACAAUUGCUGGAUUUAUUGAUUCUCGAGGAAUGGAGCGUUUACUUGCAUGACUUUGGAAAGCCCGAUAAUCGGUAUUCGUUGGUGUUGCCUGUGACAGUUAUCGCAGUUUUGGAGAAAAUUCGGGAGGCGGACAAGAAAACGAUGUUUUCGGUGUUGAAGAGAUCCGAACGAGACAAGAAAAAGUUGCAGGAAACGGUGUUGAAGCAAUUAAAGCAGUUGGCUGAAAGACAGAAUUGAAAUUAUUAAAAAAAAAAUAAAAAAAUUUUAAUUAAAAAGUAUUCUAUGAAGAAAUUAAAAUUAAAAAAAAGUUAAAAUAUGAAAUAAAUUAUGUUACUAAU